CUCCCUAUCUUCUAGACAUUUUCUCCAACCUACAGUUGGCCAGCACUGUGGGGCCUGGGAAGGGCACAGAGAACAAGACACCAACGGGCAAUAGCAGACAGCAAGCAUGGUGUCAAUGGGACUCCAGCUGGUAGGCUACGUUUUGGGGCUGUUGGGCUCGCUGGGUGCCCUUAUAGCCACGCUGCUGCCCGGCUGGAGGACCAGCUCCUACAUCGGCUCCAGCAUCAUCACGGCUGUUGGAUUCUCCAAAGGACUCUGGAUGGAGUGUGCAACCUACAGCACAGGCAUCACACAGUGUGACACCUACAGCUCUCUGCUUGACCUGCCCGCUGACCUCCAGGUAGCCCAAGCCUUGAUGACCACAUCUGUUGCUGUAUCUUUGCUGGCCUCCAUUGUCUCUGCUGCAGGGAUGAAAUGCACUGUGUUCUCCCAGGGCUCACCAGCAAAGGACAAAGUGGCUGUUAUGGGAGGAGUAGCUUUUGUCCUGGGGGGGCUGCUCAGUUUCAUCCCCAUUGUGUGGAACAUCCAUGUGAUCCUCCGUGACUUCUACAAUCCUGUGGUGCCCGACAGCAUGAAGUACGAGAUUGGGGAGGCCUUGUACCUGGGCAUCCUGUCCUCCAUAGUCUCCUUCGCUGGGGGAGCCAUCCUCUGCGCCUCUUGCCCACCCCAGGACUCGCAAGCAACCUGUUACAGCCCUUACCAUUCUCAGACCGUGGCAGACAGGAGCUCCCCGCCACCUAUUGCGUCUCCAAAGACCAGCGCAUAUAACCAGACUGGCUAUGUGUAGCAGCGCCUAGGCACUCAUGAGCACCUAUGCAGUGCCCUCUGGCUCACCUGGACACACUGAACAGGUAAGCAGAGAGACAGAUGGGCUUAUUCUUUCCACAACCCUUCUUCUAUCCUCAGCACUCCAGUCCUGUCCCUCCCUGAUCCAGCUUGGUACUACCAGAGUGUUGUCAACUGUCUGAUGGCUGCAGCUUCUUCAAGGCUCUUGGGGCUGUAUUUGCUGUGAAGACCUUCUCCCACUAAAUGCCUGAUGUCUGCAUUUGGAGCAGUCACAGGUGCCCACCAGGUCUCAGAUCCUGCUGUUCUCUCCUCCCCCACUCCAUAGGAUUCUUGAAUGUUCUGGAACAAUAGCCCCAGAAGAGGAAACUGGACUUAAGGAUAUCGGGCUGGGGGAGAGAAAGGACAUGGCUCUGUGCUGUGAUAAAAUAGGCACCAUUUCUGGGAGAAACCUGCAAGUCCUUGAUAAGGGAGUGAAAAAAACUGAGCUGCUGGAGCCUAGGACAAGAGGGCUGAUGGCAGAAUAGAACCAAGAAUGCCUGGGCAUAUCCUAGGGCAAUUUAAGUUGGAUGCCUCCUCUGAGAGAAGUCAAGAUCUUCCUGCCCUGCCUUCUCCUGCCAAAGGUACAUUUCCAGCAGGAUGGCAAGGUGCCCACUGCAAGAGUCCUUGUUUUGGUCUCAUGGUGUCUGUUUCAGCCUCUGGCUUUGAAGAGGCCAAUAUGUGCCUGCUCUCUGUGGGUGGGUACAUACUGGCCUUGGCAGAUUAAAGGACUCCACAGCAAACAUCUGCUACGCCUGCUCUGGGAUCAAAGUGUUGCUCCAUCUGCCCACUCAUCCCAAGUACUCAUAGCUCUGCUCUUUGGUCUUCAUAGGGGCUGAGUAGUUUCACUGACUCCUAAGGGCGAAGGAAGGAGAUAGAACAUAGGGGCUUAACUGUGUCUGGGCCACUGAGAAAGAAAAACCUCUAGCAGAGGCCAAUUCCUUCUAAAGUGGGUGCCAAGGAAACAAGAUGAUUGGGAUGACCCUGAAGUGCUUCUGGCCCUUCCCAAGGAAUUGUUUUGGGGCCAGCAAAACGUGCCCAGGGGUGACCAGCUGUCCCACUGCAGUUCUCACUCAGUCAACAAUUUGUUGGCACCAGAGUUUGUUUCCCUGAUGGUCUAUUAGCAAUGCUCCAGAAUAUGGAUUUCCAAAGUGGAUGUGAAGUUGUUUGGUGUGAUCUUUCAGUGUGAAAUUAUCCUCCUAAACAUACAUCUAUUCUCAGAAGAAGAACUAAUGCUUUGGGGACGAAAACUGGUGGGGCUGGAUGGGCUGAUGGGAGGGAAGGCAGUAUGUGAAGGUGAGCUGGCAAGUGGGCGCAAGGGAAGAUUAAUAGACAUCUAGAGGGAGGCAUGGCGAAACCUAAAAAGCCCUACUGAAAUAUUCGGGAAUCCCUGUUCUGGUAAAUGUUUUGCUUAAAAGAAAAGGGGAGAUGUAGCAAAGCUGUGAGGAUUCCCAGAAACUAGCAGGUAAUAAGGAAAUGAAGCUUCCUGAGGGUGUGGCUGAGGGUAUGGAAGCGGUCAUACGAACACAAGUGAGAAAAGAACUAACAGCUCCACUCA